AUGUCCUUUUUUUGGUCCAGCCCUCCUCCUGAUGUGCUAUCUUGCCUAGAAACUGAAGACCGCUUAAGACAGGUGAGUUCCUGCUUUAUGCUCUUUAACCAACUGCGCAGCAGGCAAAAAUGGCAAUAGGUUAAGCUUCUGUGUGGAUCGUGAGAGUUAAAUCGGUUAGAUUUCUGCUUGCCAGACAAUGGCUGAAUACGCAUCACCUCUGGAAGGAAAAGGUUGCUUACCAGUUAAGUUGUGGCAAUGAAGGUGAAAACAAAAGGAGAUGAUCCGACAAAAUAACAGUCAGGAAAUGUGAUCACAAAGGUGUGAUUAGGGUCAAAUGACAUUCGAUGGGUAGUUGUAACUUUGUUUAGGUUUGAUUUUUAUUUUUUAAACGGACCCCUGACCAUUAGGUCCAGUUGUGGCCGACUCUGGGGUUGCGGCGCUCAUCUCACUUUACUGGCUGAGGGAGCUGGCGUACAGCUUCCGGGUCAUGUGGCCAGCAUGACUAAGCCACUUCUGGCGAACCAGAGCAGAGCACGGAAACGCCGUUUACCUUCCCGCCGGAGCGGUACCUAUUUAUCUACUUGCACUUUGAUGUGCUUUCCAGCUCCUAGGUUGGCAGGAGCAGGGACCGAGCAACGGGAGCUCACCCCGUCGCAGGGAUUUGAACUGCCGACCUUCUGAUCGGCAAGUCCUAGGCUCUGUGGUUUAACCCACAGCGCCACCCGCGUCCCUCUGACCCCUGUAUAGGAAAGGUGCAUUUAUGAAUCUGCCUUAGUUCAGUAACUAACCAACACAAAAAAAAUCGGAGUCCUUUAAGGGUAUUUACCUGGAUGAGUAGAAGCGUCACCUGCCGGAAGGUGAAGAAGAGGCCCAAACAAAGGUGUUAUAAUGUGGCUUGAGUCGUUUGUAAUAAGUAAGAAAACUGAGUGCAUUCUACCCGUAUAUAAUUUGUAAACAUUCUGUCCUUGACAUGGCCUGUUAUUUAAAUGCUUAAUAAACACAAAAACCUAAAGUGCCUGAUCCUCCUUUUUCAAAACUGCAUUUUAUCAGCUGUCCAACUGCACAAUUCGCCCCCCAACUCCACCUUUUGUGCCAAACUACACUAACCCCACCUGCUUAGAGACUGCUUUACCCUUCCAGCUGCUUUUCUAUUGAAAAAUCACCCACCUCCACUUCAGCUGCUUUUCUUGGUGUGGGGAGAGCAAGCUAGACUUGAACCUUUCUCCCUGGUCAUUUUUGUGUGUACACAAUAUGAUUUUGUAUGGAUGGAAAUUGUUAGCCCCCGCCUUGCAGUCUGAAAUAGUAUUCCCCGUACACAAAUUUUAUCACCUCAGAGAGAACAAGAUAUUUGGUCUACAUGAGGCCCUAUUAUCACCCCAUCUGCCUUGAUGUGAGACCCAGUGUUGUCUUAUUUUGUGGCUCCCAAUUGCACACUUAGCUCUUUAACUCCCCUCCACUGAUCUGAAAAUAACCUCCACUUCUCCCUCCCACUCCCCUGACUCCUCCUUCACUUCAUUCAUAGGCAUGUAUUCCCCUUUACACAACUGAGGCAAGAUCACAUCCUUACACUUCAUGUUAUGAUGGUUGCUUCAAAUGUCAUGAAAACCCACAAUUUACAUAAGUACUUUCUAUUUAAGACCUUUUCUAGGUAACUGUUAGUAAGUAGGUUGUUUCUAAAAAAUAGUUUGCUACUUGCUUGGUGUCUGACACUCCCACGAGUGGCUUUUUGCAUGUGCUGUACACUCGUGUCAUGCUUUCCUUGGAGGAAUCAGAAUAAUCACAUAAUUUGGAAUAAGAAAACGGUGUAAAGCGCAUGACUUGAAGAAAAUACUGCUGGCCAGUCUUAUGAGCUUCUGAAAAUUUGAUGUUGACAUCAACAACCCUUUUCUAGUCAAGGGAGUUUAGUUUGUGUGGCAGUGAGAAAUUUAUUUACUUUACAAGCCAUGUACAACAAGAGAAAAUGAGUUAAAAUACAAGUUUUAAAAACAAUAAAACCAUCCCUGCAAACUCUAAAAACAACUGUUUCUACAUAUGUACAAUUAAUAUUCCAUAAAUGACUGAGUCACACCUCAGGGAAAGCCUUCUUAAACAAAAAUGUCUUCAGUAGGCACCAUUGUGCUCUAGGUUAACAGUAAUGUCUGAUUGCCCCAUCAAGGACUCUUAAUGAUUGGGUUCUUCAUGCUAUUACUAAUCAUAUUAAUGUGAAUGUUGGCCUCUAUUGAGAUUUGAAUCUAUUUCUCCAGUUUAACAUUGCAAACUCAAAACAGCUUAUUGCCCUAUAAUGAGCAAGCUAAUUAAGCAAUGGGCUAAGGGUGAGACUCCAUCCCACUUUUGAAAGGUUUAGUUGGGUGCUGCAGUACCCAUGUGGAGAAGCUGCAUGAGGUCCUCUACAGAUAGGUUUCUUUGUGACCACCGGUUUUGGUCGAGCUCUGAUUCGCAUAGUGAAUAGCUCUGAUUCACCACCAUAGCUCUGAUUCACCAGACAACCAACUGGAAAAUUUGUAUGAGUUUAAAUUUGUUUUAGUUUAUACUAUUGUGGUUUUAACUGUAACAUUUUUAGUGGUAAUUCUAUUGUUCUAUUUUAUUUUUUUAUAAACCACUUCAAGGUUCUUUUUACAAUCAAGUGGUAUAUAAAUUUUAUGAAAAGAAUACAAAAAUAAAACUGGAGGAAAAUCAUGUGAAGUGGGCACACAUGAAGUGGGCUUUCUUGCAGAGGACCCAGUUUCACACUUUUGGCUCACACUUCAGUGUCUGUCGGUCAGGAUGGCCGUUUAUCACCCUCAGUACUGAAGGCAACAUGCGGGAGAGUGCUGUCACACUCCUGUUUGUGAGCUUCUCAUAGGUAUCUGGUUGGUUUCAGUGGGAGCAUAAACCUGGACUUUAUAGGCAUUUGGCCUGAUCCAGCAGAGCUUUUCUUAUUUUCUUAAUUUAUCUGUUUGGUGAAUGGAGGGACUCGCACCACUUUUUCACAAGGCUAGUGUAGGAUGGCCCUGGGUAAAAGUAUGAACCAUAUCUGACUAUGUUCAUGGGUAUAGUGGGUAGUCUGGAUUACUUAACUUGAACUAAAAAUGCCAUAUAUUGUGUAGGCGCCCCAAGGACACAUACUCAGAAUUGCAUAAUAUUCUGUUCCAUAGUCUUCUGUAUCCAUGUGUAGUUGAAGACUGAUUUUUUCCAACUCUUUCAGUGCCUGCUUUUGAAGUGAUUAUACCAGCUGUUGGAUUUGAGUAUGGGACUAAGACUAUAAUCCCGUACCCAUUUACCUGUACCUCGUUGAACUCAAUGGGACAUUGCAGAACUGUUUUCUGGAAUAUGAAAUGUAUGUAUGUAGUAUUGUUUAUUUGUGGUGUUCUAUGGCAUAAGUAGUCUUUCAGCACAUAUUAUGCAUUGUAUGCAACUAAAUUCUACUCAGAGUAGGACCAUUCAAAUUAAUGGAUCUAAAUUAACCAUGUCCAUUAAUUUUAGUGGGCCUGUAAGUAUGAUUAAUGCUGGAAACAACCCUAUGAGAAUAAUAUGUUCACAUUUAUUUACUGCUUUUUAAUCAUAGCUUAAUACAUUUGUGGGGUGGGAAAGCUAUCAGUGGUGUCUUUCUGUCAAAGUUUUAUGUCUUGUAUUUCCUCUUCAGUUUCUUUGCUAGAUGUUUUAGUUAGGUAAGUGGUCCUUUAAAAAACCAUUCUAAAUAUGUACCUUUAAAAAUGAGACAUAGUAAUAAUAAUCAUAUAUAUUGCACACAUACCCUGGGCUUGACAGUAAUUUGGCUUAGAAAGGAAUCAGUACAUCCAAUGGUUAUUUGGUGUCAUUCCUUUUAGAAUAUCCUAUUAGAUGCUAUGUUGAAUUAUUCAGUAUCAGCAGCCACUGAAUAGUUAAAGCCUGAUGGAUUGUUUUUUGGCUGAGAUUACAUAUUCAUUUCCCAAAGGAUUCCAACAGGUUGCAUAGCAAAUUCCUUGUAUCGCUAAUGUAAGUGCAGUUUGCCCAUUGUCCCCAAUCCUAUCUACAGGCUUCACUUCUUAUACCCCAGAACAUCCUACUAUGUGAUUGACUUUCCAAUUGCAUAACAUGCCCAUUUGUGGAAAUAGUGUGAUCAUUUCUGUGAGAUCACUUGUUUGUGUAAGAUUCAGUCCUUCUGCCCAGAAAGGCAUUAUUUUUGUACAACUCCAAAAAAAAGUAUUAAAUACACCUUAAUUCUGUUUCGGCCAAAAGUUUUACUAAUCCUGUGUGGAAUAUCUAUCUAUCUGUCUAUCUGUCUAUCUAUCUAUCUAUCUAUCUAUCUAUCUAUCAUCUAUCUAUCUAUCUAUCUAUCUAUCAAGACAUCCACUUCAAGACAACACCCAACAAUUCUACUUUCUAUAAACCAAUAUUUUCUUCAAUCCUCAAACUCAGAUAUCAUAAGUUGAUUUCCUUUUUCACACAAAAAGUCUAUAAGGAGUUUCCUAUUAUUAACAAUGAUUUUUCUCUGAUUAAAAAUGUCAACUUCGCCAUCUCGGUUAAGUCCAAUAAUGUUAACAAUCAUUCCUCCAUGGUAGGUAAUGAUGAAUCAUUCCAUCUUGUGCAUAGAAAAGUCUAGCCACAUUUUUGGAAUAUUUUUAAUGUCCACAUCCAUUCUGAUUCAAGGAUUAUUAAUCCAAUAUUUGCUAAAUCCCAUUCUUUUCCUUUUAUGUGAAGGAAAAAUAUAUUAUUUUGCAUAUAUUGAGAGUAUUAAAUACUCUGGUUCCUCUUCUGAUCGUUUAAAUCUUUCACCAUUUCCCUCCUAUUAUAUCUAGAAAUAGCCAUAUCUCACUGGUUCUCUCCAUUCUACCAGGUGUCCACCAAGCCCUCUGUAUCAAUGUCGUCCUCUAAGACCAAGGGCUCUAGUUCACCCAAUCUAUUUUGAUGGUGCUUUGGCCUCUCUAAAUUGUGCCCCUGCACUCACAGUGGUGGGUUCUAUGUCUCCUGAUUUAAAUUAACAUUAAUUUUAUCAUCUUCAUCAUGGAGGUCCCCUGGAGAUGGAUUCUGAACUGGACCCUCCUCAGUUCCUGAUGACUUCCCUCCAGAGCAGAUAAAAUAAGAAAGGUUGCGGAGCAGGUUUAAGUGCCAGUGGUGUUUCCAUCCUAGUGCAAAUGGAGCCAUCCCUUUUAUGCAGGCCUAGUUUGCCCUAGAAUAUUCCCCAUUGCCUAACAAAUCCAAACCUUUCUUCAUAACACCAUUAUCACAUCCAUUGCACUGAGACUGAAAAGUUGUGUCUGUGUAGCUCGCCCUAUGUACGAAAGCAGUAGCAUUGCAUAAAAAGCUACCUUGGAGAACCUUGUUUUUAAACACACUUGGUCCUUGGAGUUCCUUAUAUAAAAUGCUGGAGGCCUGACCAGGGUGAAGAUCAAAAUGGUCUCAAUCAGCUACCGUACUUCUUAUGACAUUUACCCAGCAUUGAGAUGUUAAUAUAAACAAAAGCACAGGAACCAUCAUGUGCUAUGUGUAAUGUAAGCGUUCAUUCUCAUCUAGUAAAUAGACCAUUUUCUCUAAAAAGGAGGAUAUCUAGUAAAACGUCCAAAAUCUUGCCUGGUCAGGUCAACUGUCUUUCCCUAUCCAACAAGUUAAUUCAGAGCCUAUUCAUACAGUCAGUAUACAAUGAGAUAACCUUUGAUUUGUUUAAACAUUCAAGAGAUGAAUCAGAAGUUAAAGUAAACUGAAGGAAACUUGACAGCUGCAAACUCGAUCAUAACCAAUCUCCUUAAACCAUGCAAGCAACAGAUUGAAUGUCUCCAGCCUCUUCCUACUCCCCUACAAUCUGCUUGCAAAUCAAACAAAACAAAACAAAACAAAACAAAACAAACAAGGCAAAACAAAAUAAGCAUUUGGUCAGGAUCCAAAGAAGUGAUACAUGCAUGCCAAGGAGACAACAUAGCUGGAGCCUCAUUUGUUGCUUUUGCAGCAGCUGAUCAUAUUGGUGAAGAAAAGACAAGCCACAGUCAUUUGCUUUUUCACUAUGGAAAUUUAUGGUGACAGCCAUGAAUGAUGAUGCUAUUCCAUAAUGGCUCUUACACAUGAUAGUCUUUGGAUCAUGCUAUGUGUCUGUCAGGGUCUUUGUCUGUCAUGGAUCACUUUCUUAUUUCUCCUUAGGACAGGGAGACCCUGAGUUCAGCAGUAGGGCAAAGAGAAUAAUAAAUACUAGAGCAUCAAAAAUACUAAACGCAAUUACAAUAAACACAAUAAAUAAAAACAGAAGGCUUUAUAAGUUAAAUCAGCACUUUAAAUUGAGCCAGGAAACUAACUGGUAGCUAAUGCAGUUGUUCCAGAAUUGGUCUUAUAUGUCCAGACUGUUCUGUCCCUGUCAACAAUCUAGCUGCCAAAUUCUGUGCCAUCUGCAAUUGCUGCAAUAUCUUCAAAGGCAGCCCAACAUAGAAUGCAUUGCAGUAAUUCAACCUAGAGGUUACCAGAGCAUAGACAACAGAUGUUAAGACUAUCCCAGUCCAGAUAGGGGCACAGCUGCAUCAUCACUAAAAAGCUGGUGGAAGGCAUUCUGUGCCACUGAGGCCACCUGAACCUUAAGCAACCGUAACAGGUCUAGAGGUACCCGCAAGCUAUGUACCUACUCCUUUGGAGGGAAUGUUACCCCACCCAGAGUCGGCCGUAUCCAACCCCUCUGGUUUAGAGAACCACUUACUAACAGUGCCUCAGUCUUGUCUGGAGCUUAAGUUUUGUUAAAUAAAAUAAAUGGGGGAAAAUUUUAAGUCAAUAUUUCAUCAUUAUUCACCCUAUCUAGAGUAUGGGAAUAGUCAUACUGAACUACUUUGUUGAAAGGGUUAUUGUGUGGCCCUGCUUUGGACAGUAAUGCUUCUGUUUAAUAAUGGUAAAUUUGUAAGCUGCCUUGAAUGAUAAGAGACACAAGGUGGUGUGGGUAUGAGGAAGGAAGCUUUGGUUGAUCGUUUGAUUCUGAGAAGGUACUUUCCCUCUAGGUCAAACUGCCUAGUAGUCCUGCUUUGUUUGCUCCCCACUCCCCAGCUGUUCACAGUCCUCUAUUUUUAUGCAUAUUAAAGAACUUUUCAUGCUGUGAAACUCAUCAAAUCAAGAGAAUUGUACACUUGCUUUUUAAAAAGUGUAAGACUGCAAUAUUGAGGGAAACAGAAUUCUGCAGCGGAACGGGACUUGAAAAUACUCAGUUUUGCUGCCUUCAAGAGUACAAACACCUGAUGUUUCCAUUUUAAGCCUUCCAACACAAUGGCAUUCCUCUAAUAGGAAUAAUCUAUGCAAAUAAAAUGGCUCUUGUGCUUUGACCUCGUGAACAGAGUUUUAAUGCUGCCCAGGCCUUUUAGGCUGAGUCAUAACAUUUUAAAAGAUAGGAGCGAGGAGCAGGAUGGGGGGCGGGGAAGGUUUAUAAUAGAAAUGCUGACACAAGAGUGGCUGAAAACAACUGUUUGAGCCAGAGGUGGUGGGGUCCAGGUCUUUCUUUGGAUAAAGGCUGCAUUAUUCAAGAGUUAAUGCCACUGACCUCAUUCUUGCUGACUGCAGGUUCUGACUGAUAAGGCUGCACCCACCCAGAUCAGUGACUUGGUUGAACAGUGGCUACAUCAUGAUGUUCUGCUGGCCUGCAGGAUGUGCAUCACAAUGUAUUUUGGUUGACCAAGGGUCUGAUUCAGUAUAAAGCUGAGAGGUAUACAUAAAUUCAUAGGCUAGAUGAUAUAAACAAAAUAUACAUGUCCUUCUCUUGCUUCCAAACCCUUCCAUGGUUCUAUUGCCUUGUGAUCUCAUGAUGCUGGUCAAUACUAGGUCAAUGAAUGGACUCUGGUCUUGGUUUUCUGCACUGAAUUGGAUUAUGGUGAUCUUAGAGUGAAGGAACUUUCUAUUGUUGAGUUGUCAUGGUCAGAUUACUACCUGGUAAAGUUUAGACUUGCUGGAACUCAGAGCCUCUGCAGGGGUGGGGGACUGAAUAAGUGUUGCACCACAGGAGGCUGAUGGAUCUGGAUGGUUUCCUGAUGACUCAUACAAACCUGCCUGGGUUUUGAGAUCUUCAGGGGAGGCCUUCUCUUGUUCCCACCACCCUCACAGGCAUGCUUUGUGGAAUCAUGGGAGAGGGACUUCUCGGUAGCUGCUCCCAGUCUUUGAAAUUCCCUCCCCAGAUAAGCUAGACUGGCUCCCUCCUUGUCCUUCUGCUGGCAGUUGAAUACUGUUUUGUUCCAUCAGGCUUUUGUGAACCGACUGCCUUUAAUAGUAACUUUGUUAAUAAGUUUGGUGUCUAGCUCUGAGCCUUACAGUCAAGACUGCAUGUACAGAGCUGUUUCCCACUUGGGGCUAUGGUUUCUUUGUUGAGAAACAAAACCAUCAUUUCUGACAGUGCACGUCAAGAAACAGGGCAAUGGUGUUUUCAGUACAGUGGUACCUUGGGCUAAGUGCUUAAUUCGUUCCGGAGGUCCGUUCUUAACCUGAAACUGUUCUUAACCUGAAGCACCACUUUAGCUAAUGGGAUCUCCUGCUGCCGCCGUGCCGCCGGAGCCCAAUUUCUGUUCUUAUCCUGAAGCAAAGUUCUUUACCUGAAGCACUAUUUCUGGGUUAGCGGAGUCUGUAACCUGAAGUGUAUGUAACCCGAGGUACCACUGCACUGGGAAAUGGGGCUGAUUUUUUGGUCUGUCUCAGCCUAGCAUUGUUUGUUUUGAUUGGCAAUGUCUCUUAAAGGUCUGAGGCAGAGGUGUUUCUAGCGGUGCUACUUGACUUUAAAAUGGAGAUGCCAGGGAUUUAAUAUGAGACUGCAUACAUGCAAAAGUUUCACCACUAUACUUUCCUAAAUGUGAUGAAAGCAAAACACAAGGCAUCUUGGUUUUCUGUGUUCAUUCUCCUGACAAGUGAGUAAGGCAGAGAAAAUGGAAGAAUGGCAACAUAUGAAUAUAGCAUGAUUUAAAGCCUGCUGGAUAAGAAAAUGAAAAAUUUUUAUAUGGAUUCCUCUGGCAGUGGGUUGAUGGUGCAAUAUCUUUUAAUAUGGAUAGGUAUACCCAAUUUGGUGGAGUCGUCACAGUAGUGGGAUCCCUUCCCUGGAGGUAUUGAUCAGCAUCCCUCUUUGUUGUUUGGAAGUCUUUGAAAACAUAUUUUAUUCCAACAAGCUUUUAAUGUAUAGCUUGUACUGCUAUUUUAAUUAUGUAUCUAAGAACCUUGAAAUAACUAACAAACCUUUGUUUUUAUCUUUUAGGUAUGCGUUGGAAAUAA